CGACGUUGGGUGGGUAUAAAAGGGCUGAGCGGGUGAGUGCGUGUAUUUCGAGACGACGGGUAUCAUUGACAUCACGUCAUAGAAACUAAGCAUGGAGUUCUUGAAAGUCCUCGUUGUUUUGAUUGUAAUUUCUCACGGUUCGCUAUCAAAGCCAGCGAGUUCUGAGGAUGAAAUACGUGACAUAGUCGGAAAACUAGAGAGACUCGCAGCAAGCUUAAGACAGUAUGUAGUUGACGGUAGUAGGCCCGAGAAUUCCAUGAGCAGUAUCGGACUACUGAGCGGGUCUACGUCAGAAUUCCCUAUCCCCGGUACCGGACCACUCGGGCUUUGGGGGCUCGAUAACAACGAUCGUGACCCCUCCUCUCCAACAUACAAAUUGCUCUACAAAAUGUUCGGAAAGCUUCUGAAGCCGUACUUCAGCAGUUUCCCAAGUGGACCUUAUUCAUCGGAGAUGCGGUUGUUAACACCACGAAAUGUUGUUGCAAUGCUGAAUGCAUGGUACAACAACGUUGACCAAAUGAUGACCAAAGAGCAUGCCUACUUUAGCGUCGCAAGAGAGCUCUUGGAAGCCCAUUUCCAGUGUGCAACAACGAAAAUCAACCAAAUGGUUUUCUAUGUUUUCAAAGAGCAAAUACGUGCAAUGGCCGGAGACGACUGGAAAAUUAACACUCACGUGAGGAAAGUUUUGGGGAAUUGGAUAAUGGAUACGGCCGUUGUGGACAAAGUCACCCAGAAAAUUGUUCUGGCAGCGCAUAGACAUGCCUACGGGGACAUUAUGGAGCACAUUGAAUAUUUCCAACUUCAUGAUAUCGUGGAAUUCCUUGCAAAAACGAAAAUGCUAAUGUUGAGAGCUGAGCAGGAUAAAUGGACACCAGUCGUGUUCGAUGAGAAACUGAAUCAACAUUUGACGGACAAUGACGCCGUUUUUCAAUGUCCGAGUGUGCAUGAUCUAUGGGAAUUCCACCGAACAAUUGUUGGACGUUUUCAAGAGAGGUUAUCCGAAAGCAAACCCUUCACCGAGACGGAGGCUUGGUUGAAUAAAGUCUUACCUGCAUACAUGACUACAGAAGCCAGCCCCGCCAUUACUGCCAUCCUACAAGUGUACAAGGACUACGUCAAGUCGGCCAUGUUGCACUUUGAACAAGUGGAGAACCACGUGACCAGCGGAAAUACGGUCGACAUAACAAAUUUCAUGUCCAAAUUCCUCGCACCACAUCAGCUCCAGUAUUUGCAGUCCAUCUUUGAAUUCCUCAAUACUGGGAAUAUCCGCGGCAUCAUGGAAAUGGAACAAAUAUAAGAAAUGAAAAUACCGGUAACGAACGUUCCAAGGGUAGAUGUACCGAAUUUAACAGAUGUAGAUGAAACGGACGUCUGAACCGUAUGAUGUAUGGGGUAUCGAUAUGCGAUAUCCGAACCGUGUAAAAAGGGCCUUUACAAAUCGCUGAUCCUUUCGUAGUGCUUUCAAAAACUGUGCUUUGAAAAAUAAAAUAUCAUACCAAAA